GAAGGAGUGUAAACGAAAGAGGGAGGAAGAGAGGAAAGAGUCGAGGGGAGAAAGGAAGAGAGAAUUUGCUGAAAGAAAGCAUUUUUGCUGGAUGGAAGAAAAACAACCAUGGAAACUCAAUCAGAAGAAAACCAAGACCAGAGGCAGGACAAAAGAGGUUGCUUCGAGUGCUGCAUCAAAUGUUUAGGCGGCGUGCCCUACGCGUCGCUGGUGGCUACGAUCCUCUGCUUCUCCGGCGUAGCCCUGUUCUGCGGAUGCGGCCAUGUGGCUCUCACUGGCACCGUGACCAUCCUGGAAACCCACUUCUCCAAGGUCACCACUGAUCAUGAAAUGCUCACCAAUGUAAUACAGCUGAUGCAGUAUGUCAUCUAUGGCAUUGCUUCGUUUUUCUUCCUGUACGGGAUCAUUCUGCUUGCUGAGGGCUUCUACACCACCAGCGCAGUCAAGGAACUGCACAGCGAGUUCAAGACCACCAUCUGCGGACGCUGCAUCAGUGGAAUGUUUGUGUUCCUCACGUACAUUCUGGGCGUGGCCUGGCUCGGUGUGUUCGGCUUCUCUGCCGUGCCCGUCUUCCUCUUCUACAACAUGUGGUCCACCUGCGCUGCCAUGAAGUCUCCCAUGGCCAACCUCACUAACAUCGACUCCAUCUGCGUGGAUGUUCGUCAGUACGGAAUUAUCCCAUGGAAUGCCACACCGGGCAAAGCCUGUGGAUCUACGCUAGGUGACAUCUGCAACACUAGCGAGUUCUACCUGUCUUAUCACCUGUACAUCGUAGCGUGUGCCGGGGCAGGAGCCACUGUGAUCGCUCUGAUCCACUUCCUCAUGAUUCUCUCAGCAAACUGGGCCUACCUUAAGGAUGCCAGUCAAAUGCAUGCCUACCAAGACAUCAAAAUGAAGGAAGAGCGGGAGCUGCAGGACAUCACCUCACGCUCAAAGGAAUGCCUCAAUUCCUACACAUAAGGAUAUUACACCCUCACAGCGCACGCAGACACUCAUGCAGACAUACAUAGACACUGUGGCCAACCACUGUGGCCCCUUUUGGACCAAGGCAACGCUCAGCUAAAAUAACCUGCCAGCUGCCCUGACACUGUGCAGUACUAACCAGGCUCCUAACAAACUAAUGCAUCAGUGUUGCUUUCUGCACUAACUCACCAAGAAGUGAUUUUUUUUCCUUUUGCUCUGUUCAUGCUGUUUUUUUUUAUUUUCUGUUUUUCUUUAGGAAAAGGCAUUUGAGUUGCGAUCUGAUUUUCAUGUUUGCUGGUGAAGCUUGAGACAUCGCACUAUUCUUACACAGCGCAUAACAAUGUGACAGUUUGUUCUACAGUCUUGCUCUGUCUUUCCUCUGACCGUCUGUGGCCAGUUUUCCAACUAGGGAAGGUGAAACUUUUUUUUUCCAGUCAAAAAUGCAAAUUGACUUAUAUACACAUUAUGAAAGGCCUUACAUCCAAUCUGACUUAGUCACACUGUACAGACACAAGACUGAUGUUUCAAAAGACACUUUGACUUUUACAGUAAGGAAACAGGUAAAAUAUAAAAUGUGCAGCAGAUUCAGUCGUCAAAGAGUGAAGAAUUUAGCUGCUGUACUGCCUCAGUUAGCAGUCAUGUAAGUGUUGUUGAUUGGUUCUUAGAUUUUAAUUGAUAUUAUACAGCUACAUAAGUCAUUUAGAAAAUUAAUGGCCUACAUUAACACUACCUCAGAUGUGCACUAGAGCCUAUGGACAACUGGAACAAACAAUGCUUCUUCCCUGUAAAAAAUGUAAUUUUAAUUGGAAAUCAAUGCCUCAGACAGACAGUAUGCAUUCAGGUAGCUACAAUUUAAACACCCAUACCAGGAGCUCAUCUGCAUUAGUGUUAUAGAAUUUAAAUUUUUACAAAUAAUGCCAUAAGAAUAACUUGCUCACUAAAUGUGAAUGCUGCCAAUAUUGAGAUAGAAUGAUAUUCGGUAUAUUAAGUAUCUUAAAACUUUGGUCCGUGUGUAUUCAAGGAAAAAAGUCAAAGCUUGCCAAUGAAGACAGCUCUGAUUUUAGUUGUUGUCUGUUGUAAUAGGUGUGAUCAAAAAUGAGUUGAUUUUGAGAAAUCUUAUGAAACAAGCAUGUCCCAUUAAGAACUUGGGAUGUGAACAGUGUAAAUUUAUUCCAAGUCUGAAUUUUAGUAUUGUGUUGUUUUUGAAUAUGAAAACCACUUAAUUUUUUUCUUAUUUUUCUAUAAUUGCACCUGUUUUUAUUGUGCAAUUGUCAGAAUGUUGACAUAAUUACUCGUGUAAUCUUUUAUUUCUCCUAGUUGAGUUGCGGGGAUAAGUUGAUGUUUUCUUUGUUGCAUGAAGACAACUGUUUCUGCAGUGAUACACGUGAUGUACAGUCAUGUAUGCUGACAUCAGUAGUAGGCAGUGUUUGCCCGUUUUCCUUUUUUUUUUUCCUAACCGAAUACAAAUUAACUCAUGUUAUGUAGCUGAUUAGUUAUAGAUACUAUUUAGGUUCUUUUAAUCAUAUAUGAGUAUUAUUUUGUUGCCUGAUAGUAUACCUGUGUUUUCUAUGAAUGUCAAGGGCUUCCUAGUGAUGCUGAUACUUUUAAUUCAACUUUCAAAUAAGAAAUAGCCACAACACCAGUCAUUAAAACAAAAAUAUAAAUGGUAAAUUUAGCCAAAGUAUGAAUGCCAGGGUGACUUGCUGUCCAGUGUAAUAAACAGUAUCUGUGAGAUACUGCGGUACAAAACCUGCACUGUUCUACGUAGGAGAGGCUACAGGUGUGCAGUGGCUGAGUAGAAAGAUGAAAGAUGUACAUGAAGGUAACGUACAUCACAACUCAUCUUUGCAUGUUGUGCUUCCUGUUGAAUGAACCAAAAAAGAAAAGGCUAUUUAUCAAUCACCAGGAGGACAACAAUCAAUCAACAAGCAUCCCGUCUGACUGGAACCCCCUUUAUGACACGACUCCACUGGCCUGUUGACUGUUUUUAUGAAAAUAAAUAAAACAAACUUC